UCUACCAAUAGUAGAGGAUGGCAUAACUGCCCGUUAAUUAUUGCUUUUGAGAAGAUACAACCAUAUAAUUCAAAAGUAUAUAGUGCUUCAAAGUUUACAAAUAAAAUAUAUAAAAUACUGUAGAAGAAAUAAGCUCUUUUAAGAUGAAUCGUAAAGAAGCAUUAACUCAAUUUAUUCAACAAAUUCAUGGACGUCCUGUUGUUGUAAAGCUAAAUAGUGGUGUAGAUUACCGAGGUGUUUUAGCUUGUCUUGAUGGCUACAUGAAUAUAGCACUUGAACAAACAGAAGAAUAUGUAAAUGGUCAAUUAAAAGAUAAAUAUGGUGAUGCUUUUAUACGCGGCAAUAAUGUAUUAUAUAUUAGUACACAAAAACGUAGAACUUAAAAUAAAUACAUAAUUUGUAUGAAGUUUUACUUACUUUUAAAAUAAAAAUCAUUCUAAGGA